GGCUCGUAAUCACUUUUAUCAAGGCAGCACUACAAGCCGACAUAUGGAGGUUAGCUCGCAGAAAUGCCCCUGUCAAUGUUUUAGACACAAGGUUAUAAGGUCAUUUAGAUUUAACAGAUCCUCACCUGGUACUGUUAACGACCAAGCCGAACCAGAGAUAUCUUAUAAGAAGGCCUUCCAGUACUACCAACCCUCUAAUAAGAUCUGGAUUAACCCUAUGCCUAACCCUAAAGAAAUUAAUAAAAAAAAACCACUUCCUGAUAUCCCUACACAAACUCGACUCUAUAAAAGAUUAGAUAGAGUUAGCCGAAAGGAACAGGAUCCUCGACCUCUUGGUAGAAGCUCCCCAAACACUGCACAAGAAGCUAUAGCAAACCACUCCCCCUUCCCAAAGCAGGCGGCUGUGACUCGUCUAAGGAGUUCAUCCCUUCAACAUUCACCGCAGCCCUAUCAGAGGACCCAUAAGCCACAGGGGUUUACUUGCGCCAAUACUACUGUCACCAAGCAUCGUCCUCGACAUAUCGCUGAACCCUAUCAGGACCCAUCUAUAGUGAACCCUGCAUAGAUUAAGCAACACCAGCCAAGAGGCUAGGGAUUGAGGAUAUACACUUAUCAGAUAUUAUGCUGCCUAAGGCUGAGAGAGACGGAAACAGAAACCUGGCAUAGCUUCUGCAGGAUGUUAUGCGGCUGACCUUUCUUAAUUCCGGAUUAUCUGCUCCUAUCCUUUUUAAAUAUACUCUGCAGCCCUGGCCUUUACCUAAAAGAAUUGUAUUAUAAGACAGUUUCUGAAAUACCACAUGCUCGAGGUGUUAGAAGGCUAUGGCAACUGGGUGACGGGUGUAACUCUUAUUCACGACUGCAAAAUUCUUGCAUCUGAUUCUAAUGAUAGAAUUGUUAUGAUUUGGCUCGCCGAUAGUCGUUUAUGUUUGUAAGAGCUUCAAGGCCAUGGAUAUGCUGUAUUUAUAACACUCUUAUAAGAUUCUAAACUCUUGGCAUCCGCGCCUGAACAUAGCAAUGUCCGAC